AUGCUCUUGAGGCAACAACAGAGGCAUAAUCACAACAAAGAUGAUACCUCACCCUUCCCUCACCCUUCCCUCACCCUUCCCUCGCCCUUCCCUCGCCUUUCCCUCACCCUUCCCUCACCCUUCCCUCACCCUUCCCUCAUCCUUCCCUCGCCCUUCCCUCACUCCUUCCCUCGCCCUUCCCUCACCCUUCCUUUACCCUUCCCUCGCCCUUCCCUCACCCUUCCUUCACCCUUCCCUCACCCUUCCCUAACCCUUCCCUCACCCCUGCCUCGCCCUUCCCUCACCCUUCCCUCGCCCUUCCCUCACCCUUCCCUCACCCUUCCCUCACCCUUCCCUCACCCUUCACUCACCCUUUCCUCGCCCUUCCAUCACCCUUCCUUCACCCUUCCCUCAUCCUUUCCUCGCCCUUCCUUCGCCCUUCCCUCACCCUUCCCUCAUCCUUCCCUCGCCCUUCCCUCACUCUUCCCUCGCCCUUCCCUCAUCCUUCCUUCACCCUUCCCUCACCCUUCCUUCACCCUUCCCUCACCCUUCCCUCACCUUUCCCUCACCCUUCCCUCACCCUUCCCUCACCCUUCCUUCAUCCUUCCCUCAUCUUUCCCUCACCCUUCCCUCACCCUUCCCUCACCCUUCCUUCAUCCUUCCCUCAUUCUUCCCUCGCCCUUCCCUCGCCCUUCCUUCACCCUUCCCUCGCCCUUCCCUCAUCCUUCCCUCACCCUUCCCUCACCCUUCCAUCACCCUUCCUUCACCCUUUCCUCAUCCUUUCGUCGCCCUUCCUUCACCCUUCCCUCACCCUUCCCUCAUCCUUCCCUCGCCCUUCCCUCACCCUUCCUUCACCCUUCCCUCGCCCUUCCCUCACCCUUCCUUCACCCUUCCCUCACCCUUCCUUCACCCUUCCCUCAUCCUUUCCUCGCCCUUCCUUCACCCUUCCCUCACCCUUCCCUCAUCCUUGCCUCGCCCUUCCCUCACUCUUCCCUCGCCCUUCCCUCAUCCUUCCUUCACCCUUCCCUCACCCUUCCCUCACCCUUCCCUCACCCUUCCCUCACCCUUCCCUCACCUUUCCCUCACCCUUCCCUCACCCUUCCCUCACCCUUCCCCCACCCUUCCUUCACCCUUCCCUCACCUUCCCUCACCCUUCCUUCACCCUUCCCUCACCCUUCCCUCACCCUUCCCUCGCCCUUCCAUCACCCUUCCCUCAUCCUUCCUUCACCCUUCCCUCAUCAUUCCCUCGCCCUUCCCUCACUCUUCCCUCGCCCUUCCCUUAUCCUUUCCUCGCCCUUCGUUGACCCAUUCCUCACCCUUCCUUCACCCUUCCCUCACCCUUUCCUCACCUUUCCCUCACCCUUCCUUCACCCUUCCUUCACCCUUCCCUCACCCUUCCCUCACCCUUCCCUCGCCCUUCCUUCAUCCUUCCCUCAUUCUUCCCUCAUCCUUCCCUCACCAUUCCCUCACCCUUCCCUCACCCUUCCUUCAUCCUUCCCUCAUUCUUCCCUAAUCCUUCCCUCGCCCUUCCUCACUCUUCCCUCGCCCUUCCCUCAUCCUUCCUUCGCCCUUCCUUCACCCUUCCCUCAACCUUCCCUCAUCCUUCCCUCACCAUUCCCUCACCCUUCCCUCACCCUUCCUUCAUCCUUCCCUCAUUCUUCACUCGCCCUUCCCUCGCCCUUCCUUCACCCUUCCCUCGCCCUUCCUUCACCAUUCCCUCACCCUUCCCUCGCCCUUCCUUCACCCUUCCCUCAUCCUUUCCUCGCCCUUCCUUCACCCUUCCCUCACCCUUCCCUCAUCCUUCCCUCGCCCUUCCCUCACUCUUCCCUCGGCCCUUCCCUCAUCCUUCCUUCACCCUUCCCUCACCCUUCCCUCACCCUUCCCUCACCCUUCCCUCACCCUUCCCUCACCUUUCCCUCACCCUUCCCUCACCCUUCCCUCACCCUUCCCUCACCUUCCUUCACCUUCCCUCACCCUUCCUCGCCUUCCUUCACCCUUCCUUCACCUUCCCUCACCCUUCCCUCGCCCUUCACUCACCCUUUCUCGCCCUUCCAUCACCCUUCCUCAUCCUUCCUUCACCCUUCCCUCACCCUUCCUCACUCUUCCCUCGCCCUUCCCUCAUCCUUUCCUCGCCCUUCGUUGACCCUUCCCUCACCCUUCCUUCACCCUUCCUUCACCCUUCCCUCACCCUUUCUUCACCUUUCCCUCACCCUUCCUUCACCCUUCCUUACCCUUCCCUCACCCUUCCCUCACCCUUCCCCUCACCUUCCUUCAUCCUUCCCUCAUUCUUCCCUCAUCCUUCCCUCACCAUUCCCUCACCCUUCCCUCACCCUUCCUUCAUCCUUCCCUCAUUCUUCCCUAAUCCUCCCUCGCCCUUCCCUCACUCUUUCCCCUCCGCCCUUCCCUCAUCCUUCCUUCGCCCCUUCCUUCACCCCUUCCCUCAACCUUCCCUCAUCCUUCCUCACCAUUCCGUCACCUUCCCUCACCCUUCCUUCAUCCUUCCCUCAUUCUUCACUCGCCCUUCCUCGCCCUUCCUUCACCCUUCCCCUCGCCCUUCCUUCACCAUUCCCUCACCCUUCCCUCACCCUUCCUUCACCCUUCCUUCAUCCUUUCCUCGCCCUUCCUUCCACCCUUCCUCACCUUUCCCUCAUCCUUCCCUCGCCUACCUCACUCCUUCCUUCACCCUUCCCUCACCCUUCCCUCGCCCUUCACUCACCCUUUCCUCGCCCUUCCAUCACCCUUCCCUCAUCCUUCCUUCACCCUUCCCUCACCCUUCCCUCACUCUUCCCUCGCCCUUCCCUCAUCCUUUCCUCGCCCUUCGUUGACCCUUCCCUCACCCUUCCUUCACCCUUCCCUCACCCUUUCUUCACCUUUCCCUCACCCUUCCUUCACCCUUCCUUCACCCUUCCCUCACCCUUCCCUCACCCUUCCCUCACCCUUCCUUCAUCCUUCCCUCAUUCUUCCCUCAUCCUUCCCUCACCAUUCCCUCACCCUUCCCUCACCCUUCCUUCAUCCUUCCCUCAUUCUUCCCUAAUCCUUCCCUCGCCCUUCCCUCACUCUUCCCUCGCCCUUCCCUCAUCCUUCCUUCGCCCUUCCUUCACCCUUCCCUCAACCUUCCCUCAUCCUUCCCUCACCAUUCCGUCACCCUUCCCUCACCCUUCCUUCAUCCUUCCCUCAUUCUUCACUCGCCCUUCCCUCGCCCUUCCUUCACCCUUCCCUCGCCCUUCCUUCACCAUUCCCUCACCCUUCACUCACCCUUCCUUCACCCUUCCUUCAUCCUUUCCUCGCCCUUCCUUCACCCUUCCCUCACCUUUCCCUCAUCCUUCCCUCGCCCUUCCCUCACUCUUCCCUCGCCCUUCCCUCACCCUUCCUUCACCCUUCCCUCACCCUUCCCUCACCCUUCCCUCACCCUUCCCUCACUCUUCCCUCACCUUCCCUCACCUUUCCCUCACCCUUCCCUCACCCUUCCCUCACCCUUCCCUCACCCUUCCUUCACCCUUCCCUCACCCUUCCCUCGCCCUUCCUUCACCCUUCCUUCACCCUUCCCUCACCCUUCCCUCGCCCUUCACUCACCCUUUCCUCGCCCUUCCAUCACCCUUCCCUCAUCCUUCCUUCACCCUUCCCUCAUCCUUCCCUCCCCUUCCCUCACUCUUCCCUCGCCCUUCCCUCAUCCUUUCCUCGCCCUUCGUUGACCCUUCCCUCACCCUUCCUUCACCUUCCCUCACCCGUUCCUCACCUUUCCCUCACCCUUCCUUCACCCUUCCUUCAUCCUUCCCUCACCCUUCCCUCACCCUUCCUUCAUCCUUCCCUCAUCCUUUCCUCGCCCUUCCCUCACCCUUCCCUCACCCUUCCCUCACCCUUCCCUCGCCCUUCCCUCGCCUUUCCCUCACCCUUCCCUCACCCUUCCCUCACCCUUCCCUCAUCCUUCCCUCGCCCUUCCCUCACUCUUCCCUCGCCCUUCCUCACCCUUCCUUCACCUUUCCCUCACCCUUCCCUCACCCUUCCUUCACCCUUCCCUCACCCUUCUUUAACCCUUCCCUCACCCCUGCCUCGCCCUUCCCUCACCCUUCUCUCGCCCUUCCCUCACCUUUCCCUCACCCUUCUUUCAUCCUUCCCUCACCCUUCCCUCAUCCUUCCGUCACCCUUCCCUCGCCUUUACUGCUAACUUGGAAUGUGUUCAGGAGGGUAUAA